UUUGUUUUUGAAAUAAAUUUUUGUGUUUGAGAGCUUGUUUUUUUGGUUGAUAGUUCUUCAUAGACCAUUUUUCCAUUCUAUGAAAAUGGUCUCUAACUUGUCUUUGAUCACUAACAAAAAAAUGGAAGGAAAUGUUGGAAUGGGACUUAUUGGAGAGAACUUUGAUUCUGGUUUGCUUGGAAGGCUGAGGGAUGAUGACUAUGAAAGCAGGUCUGGAAGUGAGAAUUUUGAUGAUCUUUCUGGUGAUGACCUUGAUGUUGCUGAUGAUCAGCCAAAGAGCAAGAAGAAGAAGAAGUAUCAUAGGCACACUCCUCAACAAAUUCAGGAGCUCGAAACUUUCUUCAAGGAGUGUCCACAUCCUGAUGAGAAGCAAAGAACUGACCUUAGCAAGAAGCUUGGCUUGGCAAACAAACAAGUCAAGUUCUGGUUUCAGAAUCGGCGAACUCAGAUGAAGACGCAACUGGAACGCCAUGAGAAUAUGAUUCUGAGGCAGGAAAAUGAGAGGCUCCGAGCUGAGAACAGUUUGUUGAAAGAUGCUAUGUCAAAUCCGACAUGCAGCAACUGCGGUGGCCCAGCAAUUCCUGGACAAUUUUCGCCGGAGGACCACCAGCUUAGGGUUGAAAAUGCCAGACUGAAAGAGGAAUUGGGCCGAGUGUCUACCUUGACCCACAAGUUCUUCGGCCGACCUGUCUCGGCAUUUGGCUCCAUAACUAUGCCAAAUCCAAAUUCUGGCUUUGAACUUGGUAUGGGAAGGAAUGGUGUUGUUGGUCCAAGCAAUUUCAACAUGUCGCUGCCGAUGGGAUUUGGUAUGGGAGACGGAGUUAUGGGAGCUCCUGCGCUACAAUCUGGAUUGCAAUCACCGAUGGGAAUGAUCGGAAAUACUGCUCAGCAAGAGAGAGCUAUGCUUAUUGAUCUUGCACAAGCUGCUAUGGAUGAACUAAUCAGUAUGUCUCAGCCUGAUUCUCCUCUCUGGAUUAAGAGUUUGGAUGGUGUGAACGAAGUGCUGAACUAUGACGAGUAUGCAAAGGUCAAUUCUCUUUUUAACGAUCCGAAACAAAAUGGUUUUGUAACUGAAGCUACAAGACAAACUGGACUGUUAUUAAUCAACAGUGCAGGUCUUGUGGAAACCAUGUUGGAUGCGGAUCAGUGGGCAGAAAUGUUUCCAUGUAUGAUUGCUGGAGCUUCAACCUUGGAUGUAAUAUCUAGUGGAAUGAAUGGAACCAGGAGUGGAUCUUUGCAAGUGAUGCAAGCCGAGGUUCAAUUGCCUUCUCCGUUAGUCCCGGUUCGACAAUAUAGUUUCCUGAGGUUUGCAAAGCAGCAUGUUGGAGGUAUUUGGGUUGUGGUUGAUGUUUCGGUCAACGUCGGCCGUAAUGCUGCUAAUGGAAACCCUUACAUGAGCUGUAAGAAGCUUCCUUCUGGCUGUAUUUUGGAGGAUUUGCCUAACGGUUUUUGCAAAAUUACUUGGGUUGAUCAUUCCCAAUAUGAUGAGAGUGUUGUCCACCAAGCCUAUCGUCCAUUGGUUAAUUCCGGCAUGGCAUUUGGUGCUCAUAGAUGGGUUGCAACUCUCCAGAGGCAGUGUGAUUCCCUCGCAGUCUCCAUGUCACAAUCUGAUGAUCCCACAGCCAUGACUCCACAUGGUAAGAAAAGCAUGCUGAAGCUCGCACAGAGGAUGUCCGAUUACUUCUGGUCAGGAAUCUGUCCUUCGACUGCGUGCAAGUGGGAUAUCCUUCCCAUUAGCAACAUGGGCGACAGUGACCUGAAAAUCAUGUAUCGGCAACAUCCAGAUGCCAAUUCGAGCAUCGUGCUAAGUGCUGCAACUUCUGUUUGGAUUCCAUUGCCUCGGCAAAGGGUGUUUGAUUUUCUCCGUGAGGCACAGAUGAGAGGCGGGUGGGAUGCUUUGUCCAAUGGUGGACCAAUGCAGGAGGUGGUCCACAUUGCUAAAGGACAAGCACUUGGAAAUUCCAUUUCUAUUCUUAGUCUCAAUAAUGCUGUGAAUCCGAAUGGAAAUGAGGGAAGCAAUCUAUACCUGCAAGACUCAUGGACCGAUAGCUCUGGCUCAAUGGUCGUGUAUUCACCAAUCGAUUCACAAUCCUUGGACAUCUUGAUCAGUGGUGGAGACUCUUCAGUGAUUCCUCUUUUGCCUUCCGGCUUUUCAAUUCUUCCGGACGGCCAUUCAAACGUCAACAAUAUCGUUGGAACUUCAAGUGACGGUAGCAGCGGCAAUGGCGAGGGCGGAGACAACGGUGGAUGCUUGCUGACAUUUGGAUUACAAAUGCUGCUGAACAACACUCCAACAAGUAAGCUCACAAUGGAGUCAGUUGAGUCUGUCAAUGCACAAAUCUCAGUGACCAUUCAGAGAAUCAAAGAAGCACUUGGAGUUGUUGCAUGAUGAGGAAUUGAUUGAUAUACAAUAAAAGUACCCUUUUUUAUUUUUGUUUUAUUCAUGACAAUUUAGUUUCAUUUAAAGUUUAGUUUCUUUUGAAAUUGGGCAUAGAAAAAUGUUACAUACAAUUUGGAUGUAUUAGGGGAUUUUAGAUUAUAGUUGGAAAAGGCUGAGACAUAAUUAAGUCAAGAACGAACCAUGAAAGAGCAAUUAAUUGGUUUUGCUUUUUGUUCGGUUGGUUCGGGUAUUGACUUAGAUUUGUCUCGGCCUUUUUUGAUUAAAUUUGUCCAAAAGAUAUUAUGUUGUUAUUCAUGCUUACUUUGCUUAUAGCUAAAGUGAAUAUUGCAUGAUUUUGUUGCUA